AUGCCUCAGGCGAGACAGUUCAGAGGCUCCGGCAAUUUCUUCACCAUCUGCGACAGAUGCCUGCAACACCCUUAUCUCUUUUGUUCUCUCUCCUGCAAGCGGAGUUAUUUGUUAAGAACAGAAGAUGGGCUGUCCAAGUUCCUGUUCGAGUGCAAUUAUCUGCCUUUAAAUUAUUCCGGUUUGGAUACACCUGACUCGGUCCUUGAACCGUCUGGUUCGACCAAAACGUCGUCUGGGUGCGGCGGAUACGACGAAGUAUGGUGUGGGGCACUUACUUCGACCGCUACGACGUCGGAGAUCGUGAGGAAGAAAAGGACAAGCUUAACGGUGUGUCGUCGGACGUGUCCUCCGGAAUCGGAAGUUCCGGGGAGUUUGAUGAACCGGAGAAAAAAAACUCCACAACGAGCUCCACCGUAUUGA